CAGCAAGCAGCACGAGGAGGAGGAGUAGAGUGGAGGAGGGCGCAUCGCUGGUGGUGGUGGAUUGAGCGCCUCUCAAAACGCACUCAGCAGCAGCAGCAGCAGCAGGAGGAGGAGGGGUGAAACGGAAUUCCAGAAUCUUCAUCAGCGCCCGCAGAUCAUCCUCCGCCACGCAGAAACGCGCGACAGCUUUGUCCUUGUCACAGGUUCAUCGAGCGUGGCCAGGGAGGAGAAACCAUGCCCAUGCCCGCUCUGCUCCAAAUCGCCGCUCGCUUCCAACAAAGCUGGCAGCCUCUGCCCCCCGGCGCCGAGGAUGAAGCUCGCGGGGCGGCGAGAGCCGACGGCGGCAGCAGCGGUGCAGGAGGAGACGGCGGCGGUGGGAUCUGUCUCGACGACAGCCUCACCAGCCUGCAGUGGCUCCAAGAGUUCUCCAUCCAGGGCUCGAGCCUGCGGGCUCCGCAAGUGUCCCCCGGUGACGGUGGCAACAGCGGCGGCCUGCAGCAGUUGCAGCAGCUGUUGCUGCUGCAGCAGGACGAGCAGCAUCUGCAGCAGCAGCAGAGGUCGGGACCGGCGCCGUGCUCGCCUCCGGCCGGCGACACGGCGGGGGCCAGGGGGACCCCCGCGUGCACCCCGCAGCGCCCGGCGUGCGGUCGCAGCAGGGAGGGCAUCGGGGAGCAGCAGGGAGGGGGGCGAGCGGCCAGCCCCGUGGCGGACGAGGUCGACUACCGCACGGACGCCAGCGUGAAGCCGCCCUACUCGUACGCCACGCUCAUCUGCAUGGCCAUGCGCUCCACGCACAAGAGCAAGGUCACGCUGGCCUCCAUCUACAAGUGGAUCAUGGACAACUUCUGCUACUACCGCCACGCCGACCCCACGUGGCGGAACUCAAUUCGUCACAACCUGUCUCUGAACAAGUGCUUCGUGAAGGUUCCCCGGCAGAAGGACGAGCCGGGCAAGGGGGGAUUCUGGGCCAUGGACCCGCAGUACGCCGACCUGUUCGAGAACGGCAUGGUGAGACGCCGCAGGAGGGUCGGUCCGGCAAACUUCCACGGCGCCGGCGUCUCCGCGCCGCCCGCGCCGCCCGCGCCGGGCAAGAGCGGCAUGUGGAACGCUCGUCACUACGGCUCCGCUUGGGAGACGCCGCUGCAGGGGGCCGCCCACGGGCCCUGCCUGGCCGACGACCCCCGGGGCAGCAAGCGCAAGCAGCCGCUGCCCAAGAGGCUGGGCAAGAUGCCCCGGACCUCCAGCCCCGUCCGCCUCCCCGCGUCGCCGUUCGCUGGCCCGGACGACCGCGCCAGGGACCACCUGCGGGCCGACCUGGACUGGCAGCAGGUGCUGGAGGACAUGUUCCACGGGGACCUCGGCGGGCUCGGGGAGUUCGAGCUGAGUCCGCCGCUCACGCCGGAGAGCGGGGGGGCGGCCGCGGCCGCAGAGCUGGACGUCGACCUCACGAUCCACGGCCACCACAUCGACCGCCCGUCCGAGUGGUGCUGCGGGCAGGCGGGCCUCGAUUCCCUCCUCGUGCAGCAGAGCCGGCUGCACCAGCAGCUCUACCACCAUCACCACCAGCAGCAGCAGCAGCACCACCACCAUCAGCAGCAGCAGCAGCUGAGUCAGCCACCGCUGGGUUUGGAUGAAGAGCUGGCUCUGGCCGUGAGCUCCCUGCGUCACCCCUGGGAGGAGAUCCAUGACGAUGACCUGCUGAUGGGGGGUGCGGUGAGUCUGGCCGAGGUGUUGGACUUCAGCGACGGCUUCUCGGAGAACCUCAGCCAGUGGGACAGCUCGGAGGCAUCUCAGUGAACGCCGCGAGCCUCCGCCAACUUUGCAAUUCGAAACUCUUCGCCUCGGUCUUAACGCCGUCGCGGAUUUCCCGUAGACGGUCGAUGCGGAACACUUUGAAAUGCCUCUGAUUUAGAAAUUGCAAUGGGCAGGCCCCCCCCCCACCCCUCACCCCAGUGGUGGCCGGCAAAGAGAUGAAGGCACGUGUCAUUUAAAGGGAUGAAGGCACGUGUCAUUUAAAGGGAUAAAGGAAAGGAACGUGUCAUUUAAAGCGAUAUUCAAAACAAAAACAAACAGUGGACGGCGUUGCGCUCUUGAAGAGAUGCGUUUGUCGUAGUUAUUGACGAUAUGAAUGCAUCAUCAGCGCGUGAAACGUAGAUGCCAUGUGCUAGCUAUACAGCAUGAUCAUGCCUCGCCUGUUAAGGUGCAGGUGUCUGCUCACGCCGAGUGUACAGCAACAACGUGGGGAGCGCAGCACCCGUUUGUUGCCCAUGCUCACACGCAUCACUCAGUUCAACUCAACGUGUCCAGUACACGCACUGCGAGUCGUUACACUGGUCCCGCAUAAAAAAAAGGUUUAUCUUUGUUCAUUUAAAUGUUUUCACCAUAAAGAUGAUGGCAUCGCAGCCGCUGCAUCAGGCGUCAUCGCAAAGCGGCAAAACGUAGAAUCAUCACCGCCGUUAAACACUGGGACUUUGGAGGACGGAAGUUCCGACACACAAGCAGUGGGCCGCAUGAGAUGCACUGCUUCGUGUACUGCAGCCGCGUCGGAUCCAGGGGGAGUAACGGUGCCUUGAUUCAUCAGUACCGGCCCUUCUGCCUCGCGAUACACGCAUCGUUUCGCGUCUUGCGUUGUAUGUAGUAGGCUCACGGUGACCCUUCCAGCCACUAGACGAUGACACAUUCACCGCAAUUAAAUAUAUUUGAAAUUACGCUUGCUGAGCACGGAGCCCCAAAAAAAGUCCUAAAAUGCCAAGCUGCCAGCGGCAAGCAGCGCUCUUUACGGCGGAGGAGUGGGUGAGAGUUGGCGUGUCUCGAGGUGUACAGGGAAUUGGGAAAAAGAGACGGUGGGAGAGAUUUUACAAGAAUUGAAUUCUUGGAAUGAAUUUCUUGACCCUGAAUCGUGACAAUUUAAUCAGGAAGAGAAAUAAUCUGGCUUGUUUUGCAGGUCCUUUUUGUUGUUGUUGUUUAAAGCACAAGUUUUUUUUUAUCAAUCCAUGUAUAAACCAUUGUUUAGCCAAAUAUUUUGUUACCAUUGUACUUUUGCAUUGUUGUAGUGCUCUCGGCUCGUCUACCAGUGGAGUGCAUCGAGGGUGCACCUGUGCUCAAUUGGGCCCGAGAUAUCCACAAGUUCAUAUGCUUGCAAAUCUUCCAGAGAGGAUCAGGGUCAUUGUGGUCAAUGUUCACACUUUCCACCCCUGCCUCUACCACGGCUCUGCCGAGUCACAAAUCCUAAGAGAUCUGGGUGAGAACAGGAGCAACAGGCUGUGUGAACAGGCAGCUCGUU